CUCUUCCGGCUGAGCCACGGGAGGGUGAUGGUGUCGGCGGAGCCUCUUGUGCUCCUUGGAGGCUCGAAGCGGCUCCUGGGAGAGAGAGAGGAUGCCAAGAAGAGCACACUGGACAACAGAGAAUGAGAAUCAGCAUUAAAGUGCAAAAUAAGCCAUCAUUCAAAAUAUUUUCCAAUUCCUCUGGAAAGUUUAAAACCUCUUCUUCCUAAACAGAUGAGAGACGAGGGAAAGAAUAACAAGAACACAGUUUUGAGCUGGAAAAAAUAGAGGUCCUAUGUAUAGCCAAAACUGGCAGGCAUUACUGAAAGCCUUUGAAGAAGGAAAGAAUGGCUUGAACCAAACAAACACCAGGCAAGAGAUCAGAAAUAUUUUUCUCUGCCUUAGAGCAGCCUCUGGCAAUCCCGCAGACUGCCUAAUGUGAAAAACAAAGACAAAGAUUGCAAAUCAUAUCUGAUUGAUGCAUAAGCUGAACCACCACGUGAAAAGUCAUAUAAAUGUUUAGAGUGCCACGGAAGCUUUACUCAGAAUAGGUCUCUCGUCAUUAGUGGAAGGACCCCUAACACAGAGAAACUCUACCAGUGCUCUCAUUGUGACAAAAGAUUUAGCAUGCACACCAAUCUGCUGAUACACAAAAGCACUCACACUGGGGAGAAACCAUAUGUGUGUCUAUAUUGUGGGAAGGGUUUUCUGCAUAAUUCCAAGCUGGUGAUACACCAGAGAACUCAUACGGGAGAGAAACCAUAUAAGUGUCCAGAUUGUGGAAAAAGUUUCAGUCAGAAUUCGAACUUGGUGAUACACCAGAGGGGACACACAGGAGAAAAACCAUAUGAAUGUCUGGAUUGUGGGAAAAGUUUCCAGCAGAAUUCUAAGCUUGUAAUACACCAGAGGACUCACACGGGAGAGAAACCAUAUAAGUGUCCAGAUUGUGGGAAAGGUUUCAAUUGGAAUUCCGAGUUGGAAGUACACCAGAGGACUCACACUGGAGAAAAACCAUAUGAGUGUCCAGAUUGUGGGAAAAGUUUCAGUCGGAAUUCCCACCUGGUGGAACACCAGAGGACUCAUACAGGAGAGAAACCAUAUCAGUGUCUAGAUUGUGGGAAAAGUUUCCAGCAGAAUUCCAAGUUGGUGAUACACCAGAGGACUCAUACAGGAGAGAAACCAUAUGAGUGUCCUGAUUGUGGGAAAAGUUUCAAGCAGAAUUCUAAGUUGGUGAUACACCAGAGGACUCACACAGGAGAAAAACCAUAUGAGUGUCCCGAUUGUGGGAAGAGUUUCAGUCAGAAUGCCAAUCUGCUGAUACACCAGAGGACUCACACUGGAGAGAUACCAUUUGAGUGUCUGGAUUGUGGGAAACUUUUUAGUAGGAAUUCCAAACUGCUCAUCCACCAAAGGACUCACACGGGAGAGAAACCAUUUGAAUGUCCUGAUUGUGGAAAAGGUUUCAAUUGGAAUUCUGACUUGUUGAUACACCAGAGGAUUCACACAGGAGAAAAACCAUUUGAGUGUCUGGAGUGUGGGAAAACUUUCAUUCGAAAUUCACACCUUGUGCAACACCGCAGGACUCACACAGGAGAGAAACCAUAUAAGUGUCCAGAUUGUGGGAAAGGUUUCUAUCGGAACUCCCACCUGGUAGUACACCAGAGGUCUCACACAGGGGACAAACCAUAUCAGUGUCUAGAUUGUGGUAAAAGUUUCAAUUGGAAUUCUACCCUAGUGAUACACCAGAGGACUCACACAGGAGAAAAACCAUAUGAGUGUCUCGAGUGUGGGAAAAGUUUCAUUCGAAAUUCUGACUUAGUGAUACACCAGAGGAUUCACACAGGAGAGAAGCUCUAUGAGUGUCUGGAUUGUGGAAAAAGUUUCAGUCAAAAUUCUCACCUGAUGUUACACCAGAGGUCUCACACGGGAGAGAAACCAUAUGAGUGUCUAUUUUGUGGAAAAGGUUUCAGUCAGAAUUCCUAUCUGGUUAAACACCAGAGAAUUCACACUGGUGAAAAACCAUAUGAGUGUCCUGAAUGUGGGAAAAGUUUCAUUCGCAAUUCUGGCUUGGUGAUACAUUGGAGGACUCACACAGGGGAGAAACCAUAUGAGUGUCCAGAUUGUGGGAAAGAUUUCAGUAUUAGGUCUAGCCUUAUAAAUCAUGUAAGGUUACACACAGGGGAGAAAUGUUUGGAGUGUGGCAAAAGCUUUACUCGGAAAAGCUUCCUUGUGAUUCAUGGGAGGACCCAUACAGGGGAGAAGCUCUAUCAAUGCUCCCAAUGUGGCAAAAGAUUUAGUAUGCAUUGCAAUCUGGUGAGACACGAGAGGAUUCACACUGGGGAGAAACCCUUUGAAUGUCCUGAUUGUGGGAAAAGUUUCAGUCAGAAUUCAAAUCUGGAGAUACACCAGAGGACUCACACAGGAGAGAAACCAUAUGAGUGUGCAGACUGUGGGAAAUGUUUUAGACAGAAUUCUAAUCUCGUGAGACAUCGGCGGACUCACACAGGGGAAAAACCAUAUGAAUGUUCAGAUUGUGGGAAAUGUUUCCAAGAUAAUUCCAACCUGGUGAAUCAUCGGAGGACUCACACAGGUGAAAAGCCCUAUGAGUGUCUGUAUUGUGGGAAAAGUUUUAGGCAGAAUUCCCAUCUAGUGGAACAUCAGAGUAUUCACACAGGAGAAAAACCAUAUGAGUGCCGAGAAUGUGGGAAAAUAUUUCGGUGGAAUUCUCACCUGGUGGUGCACCAGAAAACUCACACAGGGAACAAACAGUACCCAUGUCUGGAUUGUGGGAAACGUUUCAAGCAGAAUUCCAACUUGCUGAUUCACCAGAGGACUCAUACGGGAGAGAAACCCUAUGAGUGUCUGGAUUGUGGAAAAAGUUUCAAGUAUAAUUCUAGUUUGGUAAUUCACCAGAGGACUCAUACAGGAGUGAAACCAUAUGAAUGUUCAGAAUGUGAGAAAGGUUUCAGUUGUAAGUCUGAAAUGGUGAAGCACCAAAAGACUCACACUGGAGAGAAACCAUACGAGUGCCUAUAUUGUGGGAAAAGUUUCAGUCAGAAUUCCAAUUUGGUGAUACACCAGAGAAUACACACAGGAGAAAAACCAUAUCUGUGUCUGUAUUGUGGGAAAGGCUUCAGUCAGAAUUCCCACCUGGUCAUACACCAGAGGACUCACACAGGAGAAAAACCAUAUGAGUGUUCAAAAUGUGGGAAAGAUUUCAGUUGCAAAUCUGAUCUGGGGAAACACUGGAAGACUCACACGGGAGAGAAACCAUAUGAGUGCCUGUAUUGUGGAAAAAGAUUUAGCAUACAUUCCAAUCUGGUGAAACACAAAAGUACUCACACUGGGGAGAAACUCUUUGAAUGUCCUGUUUGUGGGAAAAGUUUCAGUCAGAAUUCCCACCUGGUGGAUCACCAGACAACACAUACAGGAGAGAAACCGUAUAAAUGUCAUGAUUGUGGGAAAAGUUUUAGUCUGAAUUCCUACCUAUGGAAACACCAGAGGACUCACACCGGAGAAAAACCAUAUCAGUGCACGGAUUGUGAAAAAAGUUUCAGUCAGCAUUCCUACUUGGUGAGGCACCGGAAAACUCACACAGGAGAAAAACCAUUUCAGUGUCUUGAAUGUGGGAAAAGUUUCAAUCGGAAUUCCCAUUUGAUGAGACACUGGAGGACUCACACAGGAGAGAAACCUUAUGAGUGUCCCGAUUGUGGGAAAGAGUUCAGUUAUAGGUCUAGCCUUAUAAAGCAUGUAAGGUUGCACAUAGGGGAGUAAUCAUUCAAACGCCUAGAUUGCAGAGUUUUUAUACAAAGUUCACACAUCUUUUUAAGGCAAGAUGUUCCAUUGGUUGAUUGUUCUGACUGUCUUAAAAUUCUCCUUGUUUCUAGUUUGAAUGUUUCCUUGAUCAGUGUCCCAUAGUUUCUUUGGCCUUCGAAUCCUUUGGAAAAUAGUUUAUCCUCCCUCCCCCUGCCCUUUUUGACAGCCUCUCAAAUAUUGGUAGACUGCUAUCAUGUCACACCUGGUUCUGCCUUUCACUAGAUUAGUCAUGCCCAUUCUUGUAACUGUUCUUCAUACAUUUUAGCCUACCAGCCUUUGAUCUUGGCUUCCUUUCUUCUACCUUUUUCUUUCCUUCCUCUAAUCUCAGCUGAUCCUUCUUUCUCUGUCUGAGUGAGAUAGUUCCCUUUCACGGAAUUGAGGGCUACUGCUUUGCUGGGCCAGAGGAAGCCAUUUUGGGUGUUCAUUCGGUAGGUUUGCCGCCUUGACUUAUUUCUACAUACAUGUAGAAUAUGUAGUAUGUAUGUAUGUAUG